UAACAAUGCGACAGAUGAGCAGGUCCGAUUUAAUUGUGCUAUUAUGUCUUUUGGGAUGCAAUGUAUGGAAAGCGGUUACUAAAACCUUACAAGAGGACAGUGAUGCUAAAGAGGUGGCGCUGAAAGUUCACCUGAGCGACGCUAGCACCCAUCAACCGCUCUCCGGCGUCGUCGUGGAGAUCUUCACCAACCACACCGCCGUGGCCGCGGAGACCUCCAGCGCCGACGGCAACGUCUUCAUCAGGUUCCAGUAUCGCCUCGGCGACCUGCUGGUUGUCACGGCGACGAGGCGUGGUUACGUGCCCAACUCCGCCCCUUGGCGACCAGACAGGCUACCAGUCUUCUCAUCUCUUAGCUUGGACCUCCUGCCUGAGAGACCUGCCACUCUAAUGGUCUAUGAGGACGUGGUGGAGAUCGUCUCUGGAUACCAAGGUUCUAGGCUGCUGCCGUCGGUCCAGUUCCCGCGGAGAGCGUUGAGUCUUCCUCCAAACGGCACUUACACAAACCUGACUGCUCUCCUCACAGUCACCCACUCACCACAGGACACGCAGCACUUCCCAUACCUACAGGGCCUCCACACCAACACUACAGGCAGUGACCACAGGUUCGAGUUAACCCCGGUCGCAGCCGUCAGCGUCCACCUAUUGGGCGGCGAUGGGGCGGAGCUUCCUGUCACCGAACCAGCCAGAGUGAACAUCCCUCUCCCCGCCCACAGCGGCCUGAAGGAGAAUGACCACAUCCCUGCCUGGCGCUUCGACCCCAAACUGGGGGCCUGGUUGCAGAGCAGUCUAGGAUACGUACAGAGAGAGGGGGGUGACCUCAUUCUUACCUACAUUGCUCCUCAGCUGGGUUACUGGGUGGCAGCCAUGUCUCCAGUAAACACAGGUCCCGUUGUAGCAGCGAAGGACAUUAGUACCUAUCACACCGUGUUCUUACUGGCCAUACUGGGAGGAAUGGCCCUCAUUUUGCUCUUCCUACUCUGCCUGCUGCUGUAUUACUGCAGGAGGAAGUGUGCCCGGUCCCGACCGGCCCACAGAAAGUUCACUCUGAGCACAGCACUGGACAGUUCCAAACGGGACCAGGCCACGUCUAUGUCUCACCUGAUCCUGGUCAACGAGACCCACCUGGACCAUUUUGAUCUGGUCUCCUCAGGCGCAGAGCCAGACCUCCACACACCCAUGCUAAAGCCCACCCCCUUUGACUCCUCCACCAAUGAGCUUCUGGCGUCCCGGGACGAGCUCCGGAGCCGAGGAUCCAAUAGCAAUCACUGCAGGCGAUCCGUUGAGACCUUCGCCUUAAAAUUCGCUCGCUCCGCCGAUCCUUCGGAGGGGUACGACUCGCCCGCGGCACGAGGAGAGUACCGACGCAGUUACACUUCUGUCGUCUCCUCAUCGGUCCAUCCCCUCCACGCCUCCGUCUCCUCUUCCUCCCCCCAUCCGCUGCACCAGACCUCCUCCACGGGAAGGUUGUCGUCCGACAGCAAGUCGAGCGUACGCGACCCCCGCCUCUCCCCGGUGACGGCCACGCCCAUCGGCCCCGCCGGGUCACCGGAACGGGACCCGGGAAUAGAGCGCCGUCCGGCCGACUACCUGCUGUCUCGGUCGGUGGACCAUUUGGAACGCCCCGCCCCUUUACCCCACCCCGGAGCCCUGCUCUGCUGCACUUCAGAGCUGCAAGUCAGCCAAGGGGGAGAGGCCUAUCGUAAGGCCCGCCCAACUCUCCUGAUCCCUGCCCACUACAUGCGUCUACCCGGGACACACCCCCUGUCGGGCCAGGCACUUCUCCUCCAAUCGGACGAGCAGAGCGAGUUGGAGAGCAUACAGGCGGAGCUUAACGCAUCCCAUCAGCCGGCUGGGCAGACGACAGGUUCACAGAAUCAGAUUGACGUAGGAGCACCGGAAACGGGGCGAGAGGGUGGAGAAAAAGGAGAAGGAGGUGGAGAGGAGUGGACGCUACAGACCGCCUCUGUGCCUGAAGCUCUGUCCAUCCCUAACUCUCUCAGCCAGGCCGGGCUAGGAGUGGUGCAGAUGAACGGCGAAGAUCAGCUAUUGGCUGAGAAGACUUUGAUGGAACUCAGGGGCGGGAAGCCCCUCCCGCACCCUCGGGCGUGGUUCGUGUCAUUGGACGGCCGUUCGAACGCGCACAUCCGUCAUUCUUACAUCGACCUGCAGAGGGCAGGACGUAACGGGAGCGGGGUCGGGAGCAACGACGCCAGUUUAGACUCGGGCGUCGACAUGAGCGAGAUUAGACCCGGACGCAAAGGUCAAGACAGGGUGAAAGAGCAGGACAGGGCAGAGGACAGGGGUCAGGACAGAGUUGCGGGGCCCCAGGCUACAGCCCCAAGUGUCGCUUACACGCAGCUGGUGUUUGUGGAUGACGUUACAGAUAAAGGCACGAACAGCGAGAACGCCACACCCGUCUGCAGCCCAGCAGAAAUUUCCCAGGGGCCUUUGCUGCAGUUAAGAGAGGGAGAUGAGGAGGAAGAAGGGACUUUAUCGCCUGUUUCGCCACCUUCAGCGCUCCCUCCAUCACUCCCCUCACCUCCUCCCCUGCCUGAGCCUAUGCUGGAAGAAGAUGAGGAGGCGGAGGAGGAGAGUGGAACGAAAGAGACAGAUUUUCUAACUGAGCGCGCUCAGACGCACCUUCGGCUACCCCAAAGCAAUAGUCCCCCUAACGACCUGGUUGCCCACGACGACAGCGGCGAGGACGAGAACAAGAAGAGCCCGUGGCAGAGACGGGAGGAGAGACCUCUAAUGGCCUUCAACCUUAAAUGACCUCUUA